UUAAUAUUUAAUUCUCGUCGCUCGCGAACGGUUGAUUAAUUCAACAGCGAUUCACACGUCGAGCGUUCAGCGUUCGGUCUCAGUCAACGCGCGCGUCUCCUUUUUUUUAAGUGAAUAGACAACAACAAAAACACAGACAGCAACAAUUAUUGAAAUAGUUUUAUUUUUUUUUUUAUUGUGCAUUGCUCUGUGAAUUGUGACAAGCCUUAAGGAUACACACAGCUCCAGCCUAAUCCAGUCAAACACAAUGCUCCGCUCAAGUGCGCCGCUCUCUUGGCUCUGCGCCUGCGCUGCCGCGAUGCUGCUGCUGCGGCUGCGGCUGUUGCCUGGAACCGCGGCACGCAGCUACAGCAACGGCCUGAUCUUCUACGAGCUGGCCACGCACACGCCGUACCUGCCGCCGACGGUGAGCGUGUCGCGCGGCCGCAACCUGGCCAGCGUCAAGUACUCGGAGAAGGGCUCCAUCUGGUCGACGUUUGGCCAGCCCUGCGAGUGCCUCGGGCCGCGCUGUGGCUGCUGCGCCGGCCUCAAGGUGGAUCACUACAUGUUCGACCAGAAGGUUUGCGCCAACGUCACGUUCGUGCCGCACCUGGAGGAGGCGCAGCUGGCGGUGUUCCUCAACGAGCGGCCCUCGUCCAAGUAUGGGAUAUCGUUGCGCAAUCCGUCGCCCUUCUGCAUACCCGUGAUGAUGGGCGUGCCGAUGGCCAUGUGCGUCCAGAUGACCGACAUAGCCAUGGUGGGCAACAACCUGAACAUGUGCAUGGACUUCGUGGUGCGCCUGGCCACCACCGAUCUCUUCGAGAUGCACUUCCAGUGCAUGCGCAUGGGCGUCGAUGGCGUCCAGUAUGUGGACAAGAAUGGCAAUCCCGUGGUGCCGAGCGCAAGCAGCUUGGAGGCUGAAGCUGAGGAUGAAGAUGCGGCGGAGGAUGACAGUGCGAAGGAUGUGCAGGACUAUGACUAUGCCGACCGGGAUGACCAGAAAUACGCACAGCCCAGCGCAGAGCUCGAGGCCGAAGCGGAGCCCGAACCGUUGCCAAUUGAAAGUGAAAUGCUCAUGGCUGGGGAUCAAGAGCUGGCAGUGUCAUCGACUUACAAUGACGGCGAUGUUGACGCUGACGCUGACGCUGAUGGUGAAGGUGAAGGUGACAGUGAAGUUGAUGGCGUUGGUAAUGGUGAUGGCGACGGCGAUAGCAACGAUGACGUUGCGGAGCAGGAGACGGUGCCAAAGGAGGAGGGAGCGGAGGAGGCGGAGGAGGAGACGGCGGCGCCAGCACAGCUCGACGUUGACAAUGCUGGCGAGAGCGACCUAAAGCAAAACGAAGUAAUUGAAACAAUUACAAAUUCAAUAACAGCCAACGAGGCGCCAGCUGCAACAGCAACAACAUCAACAGCAGCAACUGAAGCUGAGCAGGAGUCUGAGGAGGAUGCGACAACGACAGUAGCUGAAGUUGCCAAUGACCGUGACAAUGAAGUGAAUGUAGAUGAUGAUGAUGAUGAUGAUAAAGAAGAAGAAGAAGACGACGACGAAGGAGAAGAAGAAGAAGCAGUCAAUGCAGAUGCAGUUAAAGCUGAUGCAGAUGACAACGAGUUGGAGCCUACGACAGAGGCAGCAGCUGAGGAAGAAACCGAGGCAAGCGAGACUGAGGCAGAGACUGAGGGCUCAACGGCGGCACAGCAGACAGCUGAUGAUGAUGAAGGCAAUGAUAAUGAUGACGAUGAUGAUGAUGAUGAUGAUAACGAUGAUGAAGACGAUAAUGAUGAUGAUAAUGAUGAUGAUGAUGUGGACGAUGAGGCAGCAGCUGAGGCUAAAGACGCUGACGAGGCAAAGUUAAGCCAGGAGGCGUCAACUGCUAAUAGCAAUGAAAGCGCUGUCAGGCCAAACAGCAGCAGCAACAACAACAACAACAACAACGGUAACAACAAUGAGCCAAGCCGCAAAGCUGUUGAUGGGAAUAUAAAUGGGACUGAGGUUAAACAGCAGCUGCAGCAGCCGCAACAGCAGCCGCGACGACUGCAACGCCUGCGCUUGCGACAGCGCAGCGGCAUUUAAUUGCUGCAACAGCUGAUUGUUAAUUUAUUUAUUAUUAUUAUUGUUAAUGAAUUGUUAAUGUUAAACGCUUGUUAAAUUAUACAUAUUUAUUGCUACUGUAGAAAAAAAGUCAAACAAAU